UGCAUUUCAUGCAGGAAGUAGGGAAUGUUUUGGUUUUGAGAGCUGCACAGACUGAAAAAAAAAUCCCACAUGCAUGGCUACAUUGAUUGCCACUGUCAUAUCUCUGCUAGGGAUUUUGACAAGGACGUGGAAGAGGUGAUUGAGAAUUCAAAGAAGGCUGGCUUGCUGGCACUUUUGGCUGUGGCUGAGCAUGCUGGGGAAUUUACCAAAAUCAUUGAGCUGUCUCAGAGAUUUCCAGGUUUUAUUUUCCCCUGUUUGGGAGUCCAUCCUGUUCAGGAAGUUUCCCCAGAGCAACAGAGGAGUGCUUCUCUUCAGGACCUUGAUGCAGCUCUACCCAUCAUAGAGAAAUACAAAGACCAGCUUGUCGCAGUUGGAGAGGUUGGCUUGGAUUUUACUCCCAGGUUUGUCAGCGGCGAGUCUGAAAAGGAGACUCAAAAGCUGGUUCUCAUCCGUCAAGCACAGGUUGCCAAGGAGCUGGAUCUCCCUCUAAAUGUUCAUUCAAGGUCUGCAGGACGACCCACCAUCCACCUGCUGAAGGAGCAAGGUGUCGAAAAAGCCCUUCUUCACGCUUUUGAUGGGAAGCCUUCUGUUGCAAUGGAGGGAGUGAAGGCUGGAUAUUUCUUCUCUAUCCCCCCAUCCAUAACACGCAGCGAGCAGAAGCAGAAACUCGUAAAACAGCUGCCUCUGGAGAACAUCUGUUUGGAAACCGAUUCGCCUGCUUUGGGCCCAGAGAAGCAGGUAAGAAAUGAGCCCCGAAACAUCUGCGUCUCUGCCGAGUACAUCAGUAAGGUCAAAGGCGUGUCGCUGGAGACGGUGAUGGAAGUGACGACCCAGAAUGCCCUGCGGCUCUUCCCCAAGCUCAAGUCUGCCAUCCGACCUUGACGGCUACGUCAGUAAUCCAGAAAUGUCCCGAAUAUUUUCUUGUAAUAAUCUGUACAUCACCAUGUGAUUAAAAGCUUUUAAAAUCA